AUGGUUCAUGAUGCUUCGGGGCAGGAGAACUUCCGCUUGCUCUACAACACCAAGGGCCGCUUUAAUCUCCACAAGGUGGCCAAGGAGGAGGCCGCCUACAAGCUGUGCCGCGUCAAGCGGGUGACCCGAGGCCCCCGCGGCGUUCCAUACGCCGUGACGCACGACGGCCGCACGAUCCGGUACCCGGAUCCGGACAUCAAGGCUCACGACACCGUCCGGCUGGACCUGGAGACCGGAAAGAUCCUGGACCACGUGAAGUUCGAGGUUGGCAACAUGGUGAUGAUCAGCGGCGGAAACAACAUUGGGCGAGUCGGAACCAUCACACACCGUGAGAAGCACCCGGGCUCCUUCGAGAUUGUGCACAUCAAGGACGCUGCUGGCCACAGCUUCAACACGCGCCUGGAGAACGUCUUUCUCAUCGGCUCGGGCAACAAGCCGUGGAUCUCCCUGCCAAAGGGCAACGGCAUCAAGCUCAGCAUUGUGGAAGACCGCGGCCAGCGCAUGAGCAAGUGA